CCGUCGCUGCCCGAGGCUCAGAGGACCCCCACCCCACCUCCCUGAUCCCCUUGACCUCUGUCAUUGGUACUCACCCCACCGGGAAUGCAGCACCUGGUGUUUGCAAAGCAAGUCAUGCGGCACGUGGCUGUGAGGCCGGUGGGCAGCAGGUAGGCAGGACUGUUGCCCCAUUUCCCUUGUGGCAAGGAACUGGUGGCCUCAGCAUCUUCUGGGCUCCCUCUGCUCUGCAGCACUGUCUCUUAGAGGUCCCACCCAAGCUUGACACCCAUGUUUCUAUGCUAGUCUGCCCCUCUCUUCUCUGCCCACUUGCCUCCCUGAAAAACUCUGGACUUCCAACAGCAUCUCAAGCUUCACUUGUUCAAAAUGGAGCUCUGGAGUCCUCUCUGCACCACUGCUUCCCCCAGACUCUCUGGCUUGCUAAGUGGCACCCUCCAUCCAUCUAGUGCCUAAGGAGUCAUCCUUGAUUCUUCUCUCUCCUUCACCUCCCGUAUCCACAAGAUACCAGGAAUCCAGUCACCUCUUGCCACCUCCAUGGUCACCAUCCUGGCCAUACCCAUCACGUAUUCCCUGCUGUGGCCUCCUGCCUUGUCUCCCUGCUUCCAUGCCGCCCUCUCCACAGUCCAGGGUCCUCACAACCACCACAGAGGUCUUUAACGUAAAUCCUCUCCCUUUCUGGCUCAGAACCCUCCAAUGGCUCCCUGUUUCACUCCAAAUAAAACCCAAAGUCUUUUCCUAUAAUGCCCUACAUUAGUGGCCCUUCCCAACCUCCUUGACCUUGAUCUCUGCUCCUCACCCUAGCUUUCUAAACCUGAACAACUCAGAUCUACUGUUUAUUCUUCAAAUAUGCCAAGCGUGUUCCCACCUUAGGACUUCUCACUUGCUGUGCCCUCUGCCUAAAACACUGAUCUUCUUACAUUUGAGUUCAGCUCAAAUGUCAAUUCAGAAAGGCUUCCCUCCCUGUCCCAGUUCAAGCAGCAUGCCCUUCUUCAGGGGCUCUCUCUCACCAGAGCUUUAUUUUCUCUAUAACCUUUAUUAUUAUCUGGAAUUCUUAUUUAUGUAUGUUUACUAAUUUGUGAUCUGUCCCAUUCCAGUAGAAUGUAAAUUGGAUGAUGGCAGAGGUCUUGUCUGUCUUAUUCCCUGCAGCUCUCUCCCAUGAGAAAGGCAAAUAAGAAACAAGCAAACAAACAGAUCUAUAAUUGAAAAUUGCGUCUUUUUUCCUCUCUCAGUCCAUCCACCCUUCAUGGGCCCUUGAAGAGCCCCUCUGCCACGUCAGAACCCAGACAGAGAUGACGCUUGCCGAGGAAAAGACUUACGAAUAUAUCCGCAGGCAUCACAGCAAUUUUUGCAAUAUUCAUGUUCUGGAGAUUCUGCCUUACCUGUCCUGCCUCACAACAAGUGACCAGGACCGACUGCGGGCUUCCUUUGAGCGCUGGGGGAACCAGAACACCCUCUGGGAUCUCUUCAGUAGCCUUCGGCGGAGGAACGGCUGGGUGCAUUCCUUCAUCGGGGCACUGAGGGCCUGUGAACUGUUUGGUCUCGCUGAUGAAGUGGCCAGUGUCUACCAGAGCAACCUGCCACGGAAUCCAAACCACCCCCCGGCCCCACUGGAGCCUCCGUCAGUUCCUGCUGGGCUUCCAGGGCCCUCCAUCCCUGCUGCGGCCCCCAGCGUCCCCUGCAACAGCUACAGCGGGGACGCGCCGAGUUACCCUCUGCCUGUCCAGGAUACCCAGCCAGCAGCGCCCCCGGGAGAGAGUUCAGAGAAAGCCCCACAGCCACCCAGCUCCGCGGCUGUCCGGAAGAGGCUAGGUGGCCCCCUGGAGCCCUUGUCUGACACGGUGGCCCUCAGCCCUCUGACCUCCAGUGGACAUCAGGAGGAAGACACAAAACCAGGCAGUACCCACACAGCAGGCGUGGCCUCUAGUUUCACAUCACCCCAUGGGCCUGUGUCCCCGACUGUCUCCUUCCAGCCCUUGGCCCGUUCUACCUCCAGAGCAAGCCGCUUGCCUGGACCCCCAGUGGCAGCUCCAUCUAUUGGCACCUCCUCCUCCUCCACUGGCUUGGCCUCUGCAGGAGGUGCUGGUGACCAGGCGGAAGGUACCAUCUGCUCCCGUGGGGCAGGGGUGCCCACCAACUCUGUGACUGCCAGCACAGUGCCCUCCAAGGUACCCACCAGCUCAGCAUUUGGCAGCACAGUGCCUUCCAAGGUGCCCACCAGCUUGAAGCCCCCUGGCGCAACGCCCACUAAUGCGCUCACCAGUCUAGCACCAUCCAAACUGCCCAUCAACUCAGCGCGUUCUGGCAGAGUGCCACCCAAAGUGCCUACUAGCGUGGUGCCUGACCCCAGGAAACCUACACACACGGUGCCCAGCAAGGUGCCUGCCAACACAGGGCCCACCAUCAGGAGCAGCAACAGACUUGAGGAGGAGACUCCAGCACCUCCAGCGCCCACAGGCGCUGCCACUGGAGGCACCUCGCUCCGGCCAGAUAGCAGCUCUGACUGCUGGGGCUCAGAGCUGGAGCUGAGCAAGCCGGGCAGGCUGCUCUCCCGGGUGGACAGCCAGCCAUUCUCGGGCUGCUCUGAGGACCUCGCCAUCAGCCACAGUGACUCCCUGGGUGCAGGGCCUGACAACGCCCCGGAGGAGAACGAGUACGUGUCGGAGGACACCAUUAGGAUCCACGAGGACCCCGACACCCCCCUCCUGGGGAGCAGCCCUGGGACACACACCACCCCGGGAUGUGGGGAGGAGGAGGAGGUGGAGGAGAUACCGACGGCCUGGACCGUACCCUGGGCUCCUUGGCUCGGGGUGGCCAUGGCCGGGAUGCUCCUAGCUGCUCUCCUGGCCACACUGUACCGGCGGCGCCCGCUCCAGUGAAGCUCCUGGACUCUCCCUACCACGUGUCUGCUCCCUUUCCCAUGGCACAUCUGCCGAAGCCACUGAGUUCAGCUGUCCCGCCAUCCUUGACCCUUACUGGGGCUGGCAGAGGCCGGGUCAGAGGGGAAGCAGCAUUUCCACCCCAGCUUGUGCCCUUGGUGGCUCCCCCCCCCAUUCUUGGCUUUCUGGGCCCUGGGCUGCCCUGGGUGCUCCAGACCUCGCCCACCUGGCCAUCUGGUUGUUGCCCUUAUCCUCUGGAGGAGGUGCCCCGUCUAGGCCUUAUCCCUCUUUACCCAAGUUCAAGGAUCAGGAGGUGCCGCUGGAGAACACAGGGGGUCAGAAACAUCCGCCAUCCUGCCCUGGUCCCUGGCAGCCAGUGGGUGGUGUAGGGACCCCACGGGACAUCGCUUCAGCCCCCAGUGGCCCAGCCUCAGGCUAUUGCCCCAGGACUUAGUCCCCUGCCUCUCUGAUUCCCCUCCCCUGCCACGCAAGGAUAGGGAGGAGGUCCGGAGAUUCCCAUGGACCCUUGGGAAGCCUGAUCAGGUGGUAGGCCUGAGGACCACCUAAAGAGCCCCUCUCCAGCCUCCUCAUCCUGCUGUCUAUUCUCUUCAGCUUCCUGUAGGGGUUGGAGAGGGAGCACCUGCAGGGCAGAGCUCAGGCCAAGGUUUGGAUUUCAGCUCCACACCUUCCUGGGCUGUGUGGCCUUAACAGAUCAUCAGCCUUCUCUGGUCUUGCUUACCCAUGUGGACAGUGAGGAUCGUGGCUCAUCCUUCACUGAGUUCUCCUGAGACUGAAGCAUACAGGUGUUUGUCAAGUACCUGGUCCAGAGCAGGUGGCCGCUAAAUGCUUCUCUCACCUCUCCCUGCCCAGCCUGGUAGAGAUGAGGGCAUGAGAGGCAGAGUGCCCGGUGGGUAAGCAUGCACCGCUGCAGUGUAGGGUGGCCUAAGCCUGCAUCCUGCUCUGUCUCUUACUAACUUUGUGCUUGGGCAAGCUGCUGACCUCUCUGUGCCUCAGUUUUCUCUCCUGUAAAAUGGGAAUGAACAGUAAAAUUUUAGAUAUAUACAUGUCCUAGUGUUGUGAGGAUCAAAUGAGUUUAUAUAAAUCUUAGAAUGGUUCCUGGCAUUUCACUUACUAAGAGUUGGAUACAUGGUAUUAUCACUGUUCACAUGUGAAGGGACUGGAGCACUUGGCUGCCCUUUUAGAAGCAGACCCAGACCUUACCGCCUAUGCCGCUUUCAUAUUUGUUCCUUUAUUCCGUGCACUGGGGAAUGGCUGGGGAGUGAGGAGGGAGGCAUGUCCACUGGGGCACCUGUGCAAGGUGGAGGCUAGGGUGCCCGCCAGCAGCCAGAUAGAUCGAGGGAUAUCCUUGUGGGUUCUUUCCUGGUAGCUGUUGCUGGACAAGGGCCAGGCACUGGAGCCUCAAGAGCUACUGCAAGGGACAGGGACUAGAGCCCUGGGGAGACAUCAGGGGUUGGGGUCACUGUGGCCCACUCCCAAGCUGUGAGUCUGCAGGCUCCUGCACUCUGCUUUAGCUGCUACAGCCUUUCUGUACACUGCCCUAGGGGACUUCAGCAACCUAGUGACCUCUACUUCUACCUCUGAACUUCUCUUCAACCCUCUCUCCACAUCCAACCACCUGUACCCUGAAGCCAGGAGUAGUCCCUGCCCAAGUCUGUCUGCAACCACUGCCCAUCACCCUUGCUCGUAACCAGCCCCUUGUGCUCCUUCCUCCCACCCAGCUCAGUGAACGGUGCAUGAACAGGUACUGGUUUUAAUAUGUUACCCUCCCAAGGCAGCUUUGGGAAAGAGUGUCUCAGGAAAGCAGUUUGUAGACCAAAGAAUCCUACUUAAAUGGUAGAAUUUCAAGCACAGUGACCAGCCAAGCAGGAGAGACCUUUGGGUAAGGUGUGUAGGAAGCAUUCAGGGACAGUCCUGACACUGUUAAAUGAUGCUGCCCAGAAGCCCUGACAUGGUCUGCAUUGAACAGCAUUCCUGUUUUGGGCUUUGUCACUAAGAUGCCAACUUGAAGCAGGAUUGGGAAUUGGCCUGUGGCCAGGAGAGGGCUUGGGGUAAUUAAUGAGAUGGGUCAGCUCUCAGGAGUCCUGGGUUUGGAGUGUGGUUUCAGCUGUAGGAGGGAAACCCAGGCAGGUUACGCUCACCACCACGGCCUGGACGAUGUGGAGGGAGGGAGAAAGGACCAAGGAGGGGAGGGAGGACCUCUGCCCCGAGAGGUGGGCCUAGUCACCUGUCCCUGGAGAUGGGAAAGUACCCUUCACCUCGGGGUAAAGGCUGGGGUGGGGCCACAGGGCCCUGUGCCAUAUGAAGCGCUUAAGGGCAGACUCAGCAGUAGCCAAGAUACCUGCAUAUAAAUCCUUCUCCAUCUUUUCUCUCUUCUGUUGAAACAUUUUCUUCAAAGCCCAAGAACCACCACUGCUUCUCUUCCCCUGGGAAAUACCUGCUGACUCUGCUUGAUGACCCAACUGAAGCCAGACCAAUACCACACUCUCACCUUGUUUCCCUGACUGGAUGUGCUCAGAUUUCAUUAAUUUGGGGGAAUUUCUAGUCAAAGAUCAGCAAGAUGCCCUUUAUUCUUUCAGGCCUUGGAUUAGUCAUAGCUUUGUUUAAGAAAUUUUAUUAUUAUGGAAAACUUUUAAGCACACACAGAAGUAUAGAACCUAGAAUAAUUACUUCUCCCCUCCGUAUGCCCGUUAUCCAGCUUCAAUCAUUAUGGACUCGUGGACAGUCUAGUUCAUCCUUGCCUGAUUCCCCCUUUUCUGUACAGGUUCUUUUUGUAAGUCAGAAAGUGAAAAGUUCAGAAAGUCAAGGGAAAGACUUGAGACAGGAAGAUUUCGUGGCAAAGGCCCUCUUUUUUUCUUCCAAGUCAUUCCCCUCUUGGUUUCUUGGCUUCAGUGGGUGCCAUCCCUCUUGAACCAGUUCAGAGCGUGAGCAGCACUGGUUCCCUGUCUUAGGAGGAGAGAACCAGAGGCGGUUCCUUCACUGACAAGCUCCUCGGAGGUGUCUGGCUACUGCUCCUGUCCCCGAGAGGUGAUGAUUGACGGGUAUGUUCAGUGGUAGUUUGCCCCAUCACACAAAGGGUCUUGUUUAGGCUCUGACAGAGCCCUUCCAGCAGGAGGAAAGUCCCAUUCUUGGCCAGAUUCAAAUGUCAUAGCAUGUCUCCUACUAUUAUGAGGAGUCUCCUAGGAAUGGAGUCAUUCAGGCCUUGAGCUCCCUUGCUUUCUACCAACGUGCUAUUGUGAAGCUGAUGGCCCAGGAACGCAAUCCACUCCCACCUUCAGGGGAAGCAGGGCCCCUGGGCUAACCUGUGCUGGAAGAGAGAACUCUGUAAGGAUGAAAGUCACGUGCUCCCCUCUCUGCUCUUUUCCCAUAGCCCAGGGCCAUGAAGUUCACACGCAGGGCUUGGUCCCACAGCAUUCCCCACUCCUGCUGCUGUUGCUGUUAAUAAAGCAGGACUCGGAAGGGCUACCACAUACCCCAUACCUUGUUGGGUGCCAGGUGCUGGCCUUCCGUGUAUUGACUUGUUUAAUCCUCACAAUGACCCUGGGAAAAGGAUACAAUUCUGACCUAAUUUACAGCUGCUCUGCAAGACUGGGAGGGAGGGGGCUUCGUAGGUGGCGCAUUGGUUAAGAAUCCGCCUACCAAUGCAGGGGACACGGGUUCAAUCCCUGCUCCAGGAAGAUCCCACAUGCCGCGGAACAAGAAAACCUGUGUGCCACAACUAUUGAGCCUGUGCUUUAGAGCCCGUGAGCCACAACUGUUGAGCCCGUGUGCUGCAAAUACUGAAGCCCACACGCCUAGAGCCCGUGGUCCGCCAUGGCAAUGAAGAGCCCAUGCACCACAAGGAAGAGUAGCACCCACUCAGCACAACCAAAGAAGGCCCGCGCACAGCAAGAAAAGACCCAACACAGCCAAUUAAAUUAAUUAAUUAAUUAAGAAAAAAAAAAAAAGACUGGGAGGGAGGGAGGACCUGAGGGGACAAUGCAGGGGAAGCUCUGGCCCCUGAGCCCCAGAGUUGGAUGUUCUCUGUGCCCAUGACUGUUGCCAUAAUAACAGCUCCUCUGUGCACCCACGGUGCUAGGAAUGCUCAUUCCUAGGUCUGGAGAAGAGUUUUGUUGACAGGCCACUCAAUGUGCUGUUACUGGACUAGGCCUUUCUUGCAGCAGAAUUCUCUGGAUGCCUGUCUUACUAUAGUCUCUUAUGUUCCAGGAAAAUAUUCCCUCUUGUUACAUCUUCCCAUGUCUAGAGUUACACUAUUACCAUCACUGAUCUCAUAUAGAACUAUAUAUCAUCAUUUUAUUAGAGGCUCAGUCACACAUUUCAUAAUGUAAGAAACAACAGUUUUGUAAAACAUGCCAUAUAGAAAACAAUAUAGCUAACAGCUUUAGUAAGGUCAUAAGUAAGAAUUUAAGUCAAGAACUUCCAUUAGGUGCAGCCUAAUAUCUGACUUAGUCUGUUCUGUACCAAUCUUUAUCUUUUAGUGUAACUAGACUGAUGACCUUUAGUAUGACUUCAUCAUCUCCAGCAUAGAGGAGCUGGGAAAGCUGCUGGAAACCUAAGAAUUUUCCAUUCUCAGGAGGGAGCAGGUACAGAGAAAGAUAAAUGUUCAAAUUUUACCCAUAGGUGUAAAUAAUCCAAUUGUUGUAAACCAUAAGUAGCUUGAGGAGAAAAGCUUCUUUAUACCUGAAAAAAAACCCUCAAAGAUUAAAAGCCAGCAAUAUGUCAAAUAAAAGUCACAAAAAUGAUCUCAUUUAAUCCCAUGUAAUUAACUUUUGUUCUAAGUCCAGUGAAGUAGGUACCUUGAUCACUGGAAAUUGUAAAAGGCAUAUCCCAAGUGGAAAAUACAAUUUUUUAGCCAUUUUCUUCUCAUUGUGAGGGCAUCAGCCCUGUAGCCAGAAGAGGCUUUCACCCAUAAAAAUUAAAAAUGAGGUUUGUCAGGGAGCCAGGAGAAAGCCAGGCGGCCGUCUUGGACUUCCUAUAGCCCUGAUUGUUUACUUUACAGCUAUUGUUUACCCAUUUUAAAUUCCCUGAUUUAGGAGUAGAAUGUUGCCAUGCUUUAAGGACAUCAGGAUGGCAAAAGUCUCACAAUAAGGGGUUAAUUCUUGUAGAAGCAUUAGGAAUCUUAUCUACUCAUGCCAUAUUCUUCAUAGAUCAUUGUGAAAUACUACUUAUUCACUUAACCAAAGUAACGAAAGAUCUUAAAAGCAAAUAUAAAUUACUUAAAGGCAAGGUAACACAGUCUGUUAUGAAAAGUAGCAUUUUAAGAAAACCUUUUUUUUUUUUUUCAAAGAGAGAAAAACCCAAAUUUUAGCCUGGAACCAGCUUAUUGUUAAGAACAAAAUUUAUUUACCUAAUUAAUUUCAACUUAAUCUUAGAAAGUCCUUUCUAUAAAUCUUGAAGAGGCAGUAUUUUUGUAAAGGCAUCAGAGUGAAAUCAUAACUGUCUAUAAUAACAAAAUACUUAAGGCAUGUUAAAAUCUGAUUAGAAUAAAAUUGAUAAAGUAACUUGGUUACUCUUGUGACAUACAGCACUUUCAGAUAAUAGUACUAUGACUGAUAAUGUCUUACCGGGACAUUUUAAAUUUUAGGAAUUCCAUAUAAUUUCUAGAGUAUUUAUAUUAGUAAACAAUUACCAUAUAAUAUCAAAAGAGUUUAGAACACUCAGUCAGACAGGAUCACAGGUCACUGAAGAAAAUAAUUUGCUUAGCCAAAGUAACAAUAAAAGAUUUCAAAGGCAAAUAUAGAACGGAUCACAUAAAAGGUAGAGAAACUUAGAAUCUGUUAUCAAGGGCAGUUCAACAUUUUAAGAAAUUCUGUCCUCUUAAGAAAGAGAAAAGCCAAAUUCAAGUUUUGCACCCACUUACUUUUAAAAUUCAUUUACUCAGGACUUCCCUGGUGGCGCAGUAGUUAAGAAUCCGCCUGCCAAUGCAGGGGACAUGGGUUUGAUCCCUGCUCCGGGAAGAUCCCACAUGCCGUGGAGCAACAAAGCCUGUGCGCCACAACUACUGAGCCUGUGCUCCAGAGCCCGAGAGCCACAACUACUGAAGCCUGAGCACCUAGAGCCUGUGCUCCACAACAAGAGAAGCCACACAACGAGAAGCCUGCACAUCACAACAAAGAGUAGCCCCCACUCACCGCAACUAGAGAAAGCCCACGUGCAACAAUGGAGACCCAAUGCAGCCAAUAAAUAAAAUGAAAUAAAUUUAUUUAAAAAAAUUCAUUUACUCAAUUACAUUCAGUUUAAACUUCGUCAGUCUUGACCACCCAUAAAGUUCUUUUCAGGGUCCACUUUCCACAAAACUUUCCUCACUUUCUAUAACCACUUUAUUUUCCCAUUCAGAAAUAGCCACCUGUAAGUCAGACUUACUUCCUUUUCCCUUAAUAACAUGUAAUUCCAUUCCGCAUACCUUCUUUACUGAAAACGUACAUUCUACUUUCCUACUGUAUACUGGAAUGUUUCCUUUAUUAUUUCUAUUAGCUUUAGUUGCAUGUUUAAAUUAGAAUCUUCAUCUCUUAAAACCUUAAUUUCUUGUGAAAACUAAGAAGUAAGUGAUUAUAAACUGUCCUUUACAUUUAGUGUUCUGUAGAUUGGAGAAUAUAUAUACCAGUAAUAAUUUCUUGACAAAUGUUCUUUCUUAUAGGAAAUAUCUUAGUGUGGCACCAAAGACAUUCAUUAAUAGUUCUAAAGCUUUUGUUUAUCUGUAAAAGGAAGCCAAUGUUCAGUAAUUAAUGUUUCAGUGUCUUAUUUUAUUAGGAGGUGACCUAGCUAUUCAAUAAGCUUCCAUCACUUAACUUGAUUUAGCCUAACUCUAAAUUUUAAGUUGUUGAAGAGAUUAUUCUUAGGUAGACAUUCUUAAACCAUAAAACAUAAUUAUUCCUAAAAAGUUUACCUAAAACUCUUACCUCAUUUGUAUAUUCUUUCCUUAAAAGUUUCUUCGCCUGGAGUUACUUCCCUUGCUGACGAAUUUGCAACAAAU